UCUUUGGUGUUUUUCUAGCUUUCAAACUACUAUUUUCAAGUUUCCUUCAAUUUGUGACUGAGCUCCUUAAACCAGAUAAAUGGGUAGAAAAGACUGCUAUUAGGUAUUCAGUCAAGUAUUUUAAGACCUUAGUCAAUCUAAGGUUAAAGAAAAUGGAUGCAAUAUGGCUGCUGUAACUAUGUGAGGGGCUUUAUUUUAUAUGGGAGAUAUACGAAACGCUUACCUUUCGGUCAAACAUCGUGCAUAACAGGAUAAGAGUUUAGAUCGGGACCUCCCGGCUUCAAACUUUAUCGGACCCCCCCGGGUCAUAAGAUAUUUCGGACAAUACUUGUCUUAGAGCUAGUCCGAGACAAUUGAAACGCUUGAUAUAAGGAAGCGCACACAAUGCAUAUCUGCUAUCAUGUUACCAGCUUGCGAUUGCACAAUCGACAUUGUUUGAGUACUAGGAUAAUGACACCUGUCACGCGAAUUUCGUAACUCACACUUCCUGAAGACUGAAAAAAUAUCUGUAGCGAGGUAUCUGCGUUAAAUUUGUCCUGUUUCAAAUGCUAUAGAAACCUUUUUAACUGGUUGGCCCUGAUAAAAAAGAUGAAUGUUCUCUCUGGAGUCUUUCUUCAAAAGACACGAAGCCCUCGAAUACCUUUACGAAUACAAUAAUGCAAAGGUGUGCCUGGACAGUUCAUUAAAGGUUUAAAUUAUGAAUAAGCGUUCAAGACUCGGCUGUAUUUGGCAACGGAAAACUCUUCACUUCCCGCAUUAAGUUAAAAAAUGAGCUAAUGUGAAUUCACUCAUACAGAAAAUUAAUCCUUUGUGCGAGGUUAAGGACAAGACACAAAUCUCAUAAACACAAUAAAAUUAAUUGCUCUAAACAAAUUUUGAUCAUGGCCCAGUAACCACAGAUUGACAAGUGUAGUAACACGUUACCAAAGACUCCAGUAAAUUUAAGAAUUUCUUUCUGUCAGCCUAAUGAAAUUGAAUAGCAGGAUUUUCUGUUCUCAUGCAAGUUAUAAACUAUUAAUACACACUAUCGACUAUUUAGAUACUAAUUCAAAACUUUGCUUAUUUCUGUAAAAACAGUGAUUCAACUAUAUGCAGAUCAACUGCUGCUUUCAUCUUUUUCAAGUAAUUUCUCUCAUUUAACACAAACUUACACAAGAAACUUCCUAACGGUUUACGUCCGCAACCGUCGAACCGUCGCAGGUACUAACUCAGAUUCGGACGAGAUUCGAUCGUGUUUGGCAACCCAUUAAAUUACUUUGAAUAUGAUGAGACGAGAUACUAGUUUAAUGGUUUCUUUGUGAAGAUCUAAUUUAACUGAGAGUUCUGCAAUUUGAAAAUUUCAUAAUGUCCAUGUAUAUAUAGAUAUGGAAAUUAAUUAAUAAAUCGUUAUUACAUGAUCUUUUUUGCAACAGAUUCUAGUUUUCGUCGGUUGAAUUUUGAUUGAUUAACGAUGAAAGUUUCCUUUUCCUAGAUCCAUAUAACUUACACCUGCGUACAGUUAAUCCGAAAGGUCGUUACUUUUAAGUUGAUAGUGUCAUUGAGAUAAAAUACAUAGCGGAAGCGCAAUAUACAAAAUGGUAUUAUUCGGCCCUUCACGCAGUUCGCUUUCCUCUCCAUUGCAAGACGCCUGCCUGGGGGGGCUAAAAUGUCAUCUGCAAACUCCCGCCCACCACUCGAUGGAAGUGAGGCUUGUUAGCCGAGCUAAUUCAGCGAACUAACUCGGUGUAUAAGUAGUGCUCAACGGACAAGCCAGGGGCAGCCCACUACAAUGGAUCCCAAAACAUUUCAAAGUUCCAAGCGCAACACGCUGAUUAAUUUUUGCCAACUGAGCUGCAGAAUUGACCCCACGUUGGAAGAAACUCUUUGUGAUAUUGACGAGUUUAUUCAGUCUGAAUUAGGGUUUGCAUCUCCUAUUGCGACAGAGCCACUUCCAGCCGCUGAGUUGCAUGAGUUACACUCCCCUCUGCAAACUCGGGAAUCGUCGAAUGGACCACUGCUAAGUAAUUCGUUAGGAAACGUGGCAGCCGCUAGCUACAUGUACAAUCCCGACGCGUCAGUCAGGAUUCCCGAGGUUGAAGUAGAAGUUCAGAUCAUGGGACUCAAAGACGUUUACGACAAAAAGACCAGGAAGACUAAUGAAGGACUAGAAUAUCGUUUGGAAAACUCAGAAGUGACUGUUGUAAUACAAGCAUCUGAUGAGAUCACCAAUGUUCAGGCGUUUACUCAGAGGUGUGCUGAAGCCGCCAUUAGAACCCACGACACAAUUGGCCCAGUUGAACUCGAAGUCAAAACUCUACAAAGUGACGCAAGAUGUCGAGUUGUCAUUGUCGAUCUUGGGUCGGUGUACAAGACACAAGAGGGUGAUCCAGUCUACUGGCUAGAAAAAGCAGAAGUCAUGCAAAGGAACAAAUGGGAAAUGGUUAUCGCAAUGGAAUUCAGUUCAGGUUUAAAAGGAAGUGUUAAGUCAGAAGCUUUCAGAGUGACUACUAAAGCAAGUUACAAGAUGAAAAGAAAUGGACUUAAUCAAGGAGAUGUGCCUCAUUCCGGUCAAGUGCAGCGCGUAUACCGUAAAAUCACUUGGUAUAACAACCACGAAGGAGCGAACCUUUCUUUUCAUAUGAACCAAGAAAUUAAACAAGAAUUUCUAGAUCACGACCCCUGUGUUUUGCGCAGAGAACUUAGCGGAUUUAGCUUAGAGGAGGGAGAUGAUUGGGACCGAGAGAACUCUGGCUCUGAUUUCAAUUCUUCACUGGGACUCUCGGCUGAGAGAAAGAUCUUGUUUCAACAUGAUACAGUUUUAGACAGACAUAUGGUUACAGCGUAUUACGGUCACAAUCCAAAGAUUCACUAUGUUGUCGAGCAGCCUGGCUUUCCUGGUUUGUUGAAGUUGGUCGGGAAGCGAUCUUUACGAGUCAGCGCUCGUCGCAAGGCCAAUGGUCACAAGAGCGCUGAGGAAGACUUCUGGUGGGCCUGUGGGCAUUGCUUUUUUGAACGUCGCAAGAAAUCAACCAUUAAGGCUCAUGUCAUUCAAAUGGUUUGUCAAAAGUCAAUAGAAAAUAAACAAUCAAGAAGAAAAAUAACAGGCCGUCAGCUAAGUCAGAAUGACCUGGAGGGAUACAAGUUUGAGGGGUAUUCCUGGAAGCGCUCUUUUUCUGUGUGACAAGCUGACUAAAGGUCAGAUGUUAUCCCAUGUUUUGAUGUCCACAUGGGCAUUUUGGAGAACAAUGAUUUAAGUUGUAUGACAUUGUGAUGUAACAAUGACCUUAUUAUGACGUAACAAUGAUCAUAUGUGAUGAUGACGUCACAAUGACCAUAUGUAAUGAUGACGUCAUAAUAAUCAUAUGUAAUGGUGACCUAACAAGAUCAUAUGUAAUGAUGACGUAACAAUGAUCAUAUGUAAUGAUGACGUAACAAUGAUCAAGUGUUAUGAUGACGUAACAAUGAUCAUGUGUUAUGAUGACGUAACGACAGUUAUAUUGAUUUGUUGUUCAAUAAUGUGGUGCAUUGUAAUUCAAGAAACUGUCAUUGUAAAGUGAUUAUCGAGUUACACUUUUUCGCUGGCCAUGAAAACUCGUUGACAUCAAUAGCAAACCCUGUUGGUGAAAGUUAUCUACCUGUAAAUACUUUCAUAUUACAUAUCAAAAUUACUUCGGUGCACAUAAUACUGUUGUUCAAGUAAUGUGCAGUGGUUUAUGAUGAAUUUUGAAAUGUUAUAUAUGACGUAGUUAAGAACAUCUCUUCAAGUUUUGUACGCUUUCAUCAGCUGGAGCUGUUUUUUUAGCAAGUGGCUGGUCCACUUAGGUAUUCAGAAAUGUUAAUGUAUAUUUUUAAAAAAAAUCAGUGUACAAAAAUGAGCGAGAUGAUUUCCCUUCAUGUUUUUGAAAGAUCCAGUCGCAAAAUGCGAAUAGAUUAAACACCGCUUGUUAGACAAAAUAACGUCCGCUUGUGAUAGGUUUAUUGUGUUUAAAAUGAAGCUUCUUUAUUUUUGUAAUAAUUUUGCAGAGUAUUGUUUUUAGUAUGUUUUGCAGUUUUAGUUUGUGUACCUAUAAACUGGAUAGCUACAUUGAUAUAACUUAUCGCGCAAACAGGCUACUUGAAAUAAUUUGGUUUAUUGAUUGUUAGGUAAACAAAUCAAAUUAACUUCUCGAAGGAUUGAAGAAGAGAGGCCCACAAAAAUGGCGUUUUUUGUUGUGGGCAAAAACUUCCUUGCUCUCCAGAUAUGAGUUUUGUGUAAUCUUGGUUAAUGUCUGGCUUCUGCUGGUCCAAGGAAGCUUGGUCAUAGCAAAUAAAGUCCACGGUUGGCACGAUGUA